AUGUGCCAGGAACCGGUCCGAGCCUGCGGGAUCUGCAAUACACGGGAGCAGAAAGCAAUACCCACCGCCAGACGAAGUGCUGUGCCUUGGGUUCCUGACCACUACCGCUGUCUGAUAAGCCUCUCUAAUACAAGUCGUUGGUCACAGGUCAUAAGCAACCUCUUAAGGUCUGGUUUACCAGCAGGACAAGGCUGCCAGGGUGUUUGCAGGGAUCUGUAUCCAACACACUCCUCCGGAGGCACACAGGAUCUGCACGGCGCCAUCACCGUGCGCUGGACCCCUGCGACACUGCACCCAGAGCAGCAGAAAGAGCAAGAGCUUGAUUCGAAAGAUGCUAUCAUACUGCAUCAGUUUUCAAGGCCUACCAACGGUGUUCCGAGCUUAUCUCCGUUCUGUCUGAAAAUGGAAACUUACUUAAGGAUGGCUGAUCUGCCCUACCAGAACUAUUUUGAUGGAAAACUUUCCCCUCAAGGGAAAAUGCCUUGGAUUGAAUACAAUCACAAGCAAGUGUCUGGCACUGAGUUCAUUAUUGACUUUUUGGAAGAGAAACUUGGAGUGAAUUUAAAUAAACACCUUGGUCCGCAUGAAAGAGCUGUUUCCAGAGCCGUGACAAAAAUGGUGGAGGAGCACUUCUACUGGACUUUAGCUUAUUGCCAAUGGGUGGAAAAUCUUCACGAGACGCAAAAGAUGGUUUCACUUUUUGGCCCCUUCAGUGACUUGCUGAAGUGGAUCCUCUGCCAUCUGACCAAAGGGAUUGUGAAACGGGAAAUGUACGGCCAUGGCAUUGGCCGCUUCUCAGAGGAGGAGAUGUACACGCUGAUGGAGAAGGACAUGCGGACUCUAGCAGGCCUCCUCGGUGACAAGAAGUACAUUAUGGGACAAAAUGUUUCCACUGUUGAUGCCACUGUCUUCGGGCAUCUGGCACAGGCAAUGUGGACGUUACCAGGGACUCGACCAGAGAGACUGAUCAAAGGUGAACUGAUUAACCUUGCUAUGUAUUGUGAAAGAAUAAGGAGGAAAUUUUGGCCAGAAUGGCACCAUGAUGAUGAUAACACUCUGUACGAAUCUGAGGAAAGCAGUGAAGCAAGCAAGACUUACUCCCCUUUGCAGGACUUCAGUUUUUAUUCAAGGACAGAAACAUUUGAUGAGGAAGGGAACAGUAUUUCGCAAACCCCUGACACAGAUUACACUGGACACUCCCUCUUUGAUUCGGAUGUGGACAUGGAUGACUACAGAGAUCAUGAACAAUGCAAGUGA